ACUGAGGAGUGCAGGCUCUGAGAACUUUUUCACAGCCUUCCCUGGUCAGCAAACCCUGGAAUUUCAAAAAAUUUGGAUUCUUUGGAAGGAAGAUCAUCUUUAUCAUUUCCAGAUCCUGACCUAGGUCCAGACUAAGGGUAAUGCUUCAAAGGCAUGAGAAGGGAAAACAAUGGCAUCAGUACCUUCCAUUGGUUGCCUGCUGGCCAAAAAUCAGUAUUAUCGAAAGGCGAGUAUUUCUUCAGUUAGCUCUUUAGCUGAUCCUGUUAGCAUUAUACCUGAUGACAAAUUCCAACAAGGGUUACUGAAAGUGGAAGAAUCCAGCUGGUGGUUUAAAUCCUUUUUCCAUUCUGAACCUGUGCUUUCAGAUGUAAGAAGAAAAGAUCCAUCUGCUAGUGGGUGAAGAAGGUUUUAAUACUAAGCAUACUCGAGGGGCGCCUGGAUGGCACAGCGGUUAAGCGUCUGCCUUCGGCUCAGGGCGUGAUCCGGCGUUAAGGGAUCGAGCCUCACAUCAGGAUCCUCUGCUAUGAGCCUGCUUC